UAAAUAUUAGGAAUUCAAAUGGCUUCAAAAGAUGCCUUCCAUCUUCAUACAGAUCUGCCUGAUGAUAGAAGAAUAGAGAAAGAACUUCGAUUUGCUAUUGAUUACUUAAAUGCUAACAGACUUUCAGAAAGUGCUAAAUGGGCUUCAGAAUUAUUAUCCUCUUUGAAAAGUAGGAAAUCUGCGAAUUCGUCAAUGACUACAAGCUUUAUGCAAGAUUCCCUCUUAGAAGGUGGAGUUCAUAAAGAAAGAGACAAUGAUGCUGAUGAUAUGGAAGAAGAUGAGCAGGAAGAAAUAAUAGAUCCAUCUACAUUCACAAAUGACAUCGAUAGAUACCCUAUUGAUAAUGCUCAAUCUUUUGACUACACUUUCUAUGAAAGAAAGAGUAAGGCAAAUGAUGCUGUAAAUUGUGCUCGAAUUCUAUUUGAUCUCCGUGAAUAUCGCAAAGCAUGCUUUAAAGUAAAGCCAUAUUUACAUCCACGUAACCAAUCCGCAAUCUUCAUUUAUUAUUACUCCCUCUUCAUGCUUUCAGAGCAGCAAACCGAAGAAGAGCGGUUUCAAUCUUCAGAAAACAUCUCCCGCUCUUGAGUGACUAACCCAGAUAUGAUCACUAUCGAAAAUGCUCUCACCGAGUACCAAAAGAAGGAUCAACUAAAUGCACUGAACUUGUACCUCUUCGGGGUUGUAUUAAAGAAGAGAAAUAAAUAAGGAAAGAGCCAAAAAUAUACUCAUUCAAUCCUUAAAUACAUAUCCUCUCCUCUGGGGAGCUUGGACAGAGCUUAAUAUGAUUUUGAAGAAAGAAGAUCAAGAUUUAAUUAAAGAAAAUUUACUCAAUCAUUGGGUCAAAAACUUUAACAUUUCGUCAUAUUUCAGACAAGUACAACAAGAAAACGACUCUAUCACUGUUAAUGGAGCAUUAAGGAGAUAUUUCCCAGAUAGUGUUUACAUUCUUAAUGAGAUUGGUCAUGCAUGUUACUUAAGCCAAAGAUUUGGAGUAGCCCUUGAUAUUUUCAAAAGACUAAUGUCUCUUGACCCAUUCAGGUAUGAAGACAUGGAUUUGUACUCAAACAUUUUAUAUAUCCAGGAAAACUAUGGAGAGCUUGCUUCACUUGCUUAUAAGACUUUUAAAUGUGAUAAAUACAGACCAGAGACAUGCUGAGUACUAGGAAACUAUUACUCUUUAAGAGGAGAUCAUGAGAAAGCGGUUCUUUAUUUUAGAAGAGCUAUUAAACUCGAUUCAGAAUUCCUUAGCGCCUGGACUUUGAUGGGCCAUGAAUUCUUGGAACUAAAAUCCACAGCUUCUGCAAUAGAAGCUUACAGAACAGCUGUUGAUAUUGACCCAACUGAUUUUAGGGCUUGGUAUGGUUUAGGACAAACAUACGAAAUACAUCAGCUCUAUGAUUAUGCUUCAUUCUAUUUCGCAAAUGCAGCCUUAUCAAGGCCUCAAGAUGCAAGGAUGUGGUCAGCAUUAGGAGAAUGUUAUCAAAAUAACAAAAAGACAAGAGAUGCAGCUAAAUGAUUUGAGAAGGCUGAAAAAUUCAAAGACACAGAGGGAAUUGCUCUUUACAAACUUGCAAAAAUAUAUGUUGAAAUGAACUUCUCGAAAGAAGAAGCUGCCAAGUUCUUCAAAGAAGACUUAGAAAGAAGAGAUCGUGAAAAUUAUGAAGGGAAAGAGACUCAAGAAGCAUUAGCAUUUUUACUCAAAUUCUAUUACGAUAAAAAGAAUGAUACACAAGCUAAGAAAUACGCUGAAAGACUGAUAGAAAUGAAUGGACCUGAAAGAAGAAUGGCAAAGGAAAUCUUAGAUAAAAUAGAGUCUCCAUUUUAA